AAGUUACCUCGCCCGCGUCAAACAAUAAAACGAUGGCUCCAAGACCUUACGAAAACAAAUUCCGCGUUCGCCGUUCAACUGCUACCUCUACACCUGCGGUCUACGCAGUCCCUUCCGGCCCGCACCGUGGCGUUCAUCUCCUGAGGUAACUCCCCGCUCCCGAUCCUCCCCCCUCCCCAAGCUAACCCAGAUGAAAGCAACGAGCCCCUCCCUCCCUCCGUCCAAUACAUGUACCGCCACCCCAUAAACGUCCAUAAGUCCCUUCUCACGAUAGACUUGACCUCCACGACCACUAUCCCCAAACGCUUUGACAGUAUCGACGCAGCGCAACGGUACAUCGAUGCUGUUGAUGAGAAGGGGCAGGAGGCGAACGAGGGGGAUUUACUAGCGGAGCAGCUGGCCCGUGGGUUGACCCUAGGAAGUGGGGGUGGGAGGCGGAGUGAACCGGUUUAUGGAAAUUUGCCCGAGAGUGUGAGGGGGAGUGUGAGUGAGAGGGAAAGGAGGGUGGAGGUCCUUGAUGGGAUAGUGGGAAGUGGGAGAAGGGUGAGGAAGGUUUGGAAAGGAAGCUAUAGCCGAAGUCAUACCGGGGCGGGAGAACGUUUGAGUGGGGCAAGUUCGGGUGGGAGAGUGGAGAGCUGGAGGAGAGGGGUUGAGGAGAGGCUUGCCGCUCUGAGGAUUUGUGCAGGGGUUGCGGCGGGUAGGGAUGAUAUGAUUGAUGAAUAAAGUGAGUUACUGUCGGUAUUGAUGGAGGUAGGAUCCAACUCUUUUCUUUUCCAUCCGCUUUCUCCGCAGCGCUUUGUGAUCGGGUGGCUAGUGUAUAGAUGUACAUCAAAUGCGUUGUUUCCUGGCAUCAUGAGAUUUCUUUAUCCAUCUACUUCCUUUCCUAUCUUUUUCUACCCUCUUCUUGCCUUCAUGCAUUGCGGGAUUUUAUGAGGGCUCGCCUUUUGCUACAUUUGCUGGCGUACGGAGUCCGUGAGCAUGGUUUGAGUGUCUGUUGUAUGUAGGAAAAAUUAGUCAAUAGGAUACCGGUAGGAGCGAC